ACUUCGCUGUGACGCGGCUCUCGUUCCUCCGCCUCGUGCGCUUUCCGCGCAGUGCUUGUUUUCACGUCCCCGUGUGAUGGGCGAGACAGAUCAAAUGGGAUCAGAAGAACAAUCACAUAAAUCAGGUCCUCGGAAAUUAGUGGAGGAACGUGUCAGGGGUGAAGUCAAGUGGUUCAAUGUGAAAUCCGGUUAUGGAUUCAUUCACCGCCUUGACACCGGUACUGAUAUCUUCGUUCAUCAGUCAGCUAUUUCUCGCAAUAAUCCUGACAAGCUACAACGGUCAUUGAAGGAGGGAGAAGAAGUGGAAUUUUACGUUGUUGAAGGCGAGAAAGGAGAUGAGGCUUAUGAAGUUACCGGGCCUGAUGGCGCUCCUGUUCAGGGGAGCAUAUAUGCCGCUCCACGUGGAGACCGACCGUUUUUCCGUGGUCGAGGAAUGGGACGCGGGCGUGGAAUGGGGCCUGGAGCAUUCACGAAUAACAGUGAUGCAUACUUCGGUCGCGGUCGUGGUCGCUUUGGCGAUGAUUAUGGCUCCAGUGAAUACGAUCGUGGUGGACGCGGUAGACCGUUCAUGGGGCGCAGCAGAUCCCCGCGUGCUCGUGGUUUUCGUGGCAGCAGUUUUGGAUACGAAGGACGUGGUGGCCUUCGCAAUUCUUACAGUGGAAGACGCGAUGAGAUGGACGAUGACAGAAGGAAUGGUCAUGAAACGCACGCGGAAUGAAUGCUGCACUCAGCUACUCAACGGUCGCGCGCACUUGAAUGAUGGUGAACUUUCGUUAUACUCAAUUUUCAUGUGUGUGGAAUUUCCGUCUCACCUACUUUAACCAGCUGAUGUGCAACUUUGCUAGAUCCCAUUUGUUACCUACCGAACCAUCGGUGUUGUUAUCAGCAAUGUUUUCGAUGAACCAAACUUGGGUUUCUACUCGGUUUACUUGCCACUUUACUUUAUGGCCUUCUUGUGUCUGUCAAACUUGCAUUUGUGAGGCUUUUUGUGCUCCAUUUUGAAUAUUUUUCUAUUACUUGCCUUGAUACCCUCCUUCUCUGCCCGACUGUUUUCCGAUUUGGAUUCCUUUCCCGAACGCUAUCUACUGACACCGAAGGCACAGUCCUAUGUGGAUGUUUUGUAUACCGAUGGAUUACGCUCUAUUCAGUGCACUUGUUUUGCUGCUUACCAACAAACUUUGUAUAGUGCAAUUAACUAUUCACUGCACUCAAUGUGAGGACUAACUAAUCGCACUUCGCACAAAAUAUUGUCCAGUUUGUCUACCGAUUCCCAUCAAUAAAGAUGCCUUGAAUCUGCCGUUUUCCCCAUUAAAAAAA